AUGCCAAGAAAAAAAAGUCAAAAUAUUAUUACAGUACCACGUGUUGAUAUUGUAUUACUUAUUGUUGGUACAAGAGGUGAUGUUCAACCAUUCGUUGCACUUGGCCGUGUACUUUUAGCAGCUGGUCAUCGUGUUCGAUUAGCUACACAUGAAACAUUUCGUAAAUUUGUUCGUGGAAAUGGUCUAGAAUUUUUUCCAUUAGCUGGUAAUCCAGCUGAUUUAAUGUCAUUUGUGGUAAAAAAUUCAGGUAUUAUUCCUUCAAUAAGUAGUAUUGCUGCAGGUGAUCUCAUAAAACAUCGUCAUGUUAUAACUGAUAUUCUUACAUCAACAUGGCAUGCUUGUACUGUUGAAGAUGAUGAAACAGGUAAACCAUUUACAGCUGAAGCUAUUAUUGCUAAUCCACCAUCAUUUGGUCAUAUACAUUGUGCACACAAAUUACAAAUACCUCUACAUAUUAUGUUUACAAUGCCAUGGUCACCAACAACUGCUUUUCCACAUCCAUUUUUUACAGUUGAUUAUUCGAAAGCAUCUGUAGAAAAAGUUAAUAUGUUGUCUUAUAGUGCUGUCGAAAUGUUUGCUUGGUCGAGUAUGCGUGAUAUUGUGAAUGAAUUUCGUAAUGACACAUUAGGUUUACCAUCAUUACAUACACGUCAAGCAACAUAUAUGAUGAUUGAUGAACGUGUACCUUUUACGUACUGUUGGUCACCUUCAUUUGUUCCUAAACCAAAUGAUUGGGCAUCAUAUAUUAAUGUUUCAGGAUUUUUCUUUCUUGAUCAUGAUGCUACGACUGAUACAAAAAUACCUGAUGGUUUAGUUAAAUUUCUUGGUCUUAGUAAUCAUUAUCGAAAUGAAUCAUUAUCACCAGUAAUCUAUAUUGGUUUCGGUUCAAUUACAGGAUAUGAUUCUGAUCGUAUUCUUUAUAUUAUACUCGAAGCACUUGAGAAAACUGGCUAUCGUGCCGUAUUAUCUGGUCUUGCUAAAGAUAAUGAUAAAUUACCGAAAAAUGUCUUCAAAAUUGAUAAUAUUUCACAUGAUUGGCUUUUUCAACAUGUAUCAGCUGUAUGUCAUCAUGGUGGAGCAGGUACAACUGCUGCUGGUCUUCGUGCUGGUAAACCAACUAUUAUUGUACCAUUUUUUGGUGAUCAAUUCUUUUGGGGUAAUGCUAUUGAAAAGAAUGGUGCUGGUCCUCGUGCAUUACCAGGAAAAAAUUUAACUGCUGAUGAUUUAGCUGAAGCUUUUAAAUUUGUUCAUCAACCAAAAGUUCGAGCUGCUGCUGAACGUAUACGUGAUGCUAUAUUAAAAGAAAAUGGAUGUGAAGAAGCAUUACGUGCAUUUCAUACUCAUUUACCUACAUCACGAAUGCGAAGUGAUCUUGAAUCAACUUAUACUGCAUGUUAUACAUUAAAUGAAUUUCAUUUACAGAUAUCACGACAUGUCGCUCAAGUACUUGUUAUAUCAGGUCGUAUUAAAGCAACACAAUUACAUCUGCAUUCAACUCGUUAUUGGCCUUCAAUGUUUGAUAAUCGUAUUCAUCCACCAUUUCAUGGUAUUAUAAAACAUUCUCAAAAAGCUAUUGUACAGAUAUUUUCUGAUACAACCACUGGUUUUAAACAAGCUAUGCAUUCUCAUACUUGGACAAAGAGUACAUAUAAUGUUGUCGAAAGUGUUCUUUUGGGUUUGAUCAACGGUAUUGGUCAUCUAUGUAUAGGUUGUUUAUCUUUGUAUGGAGAAUUGACUGAUGUAUUGAAUGCUGUUCCAUCAUAUUAUGAUCCUUAUAAUGAAUCGUCAUAUCAUUCACGACCAUAUGUGAUUGAUUUCGAUACAGGUAUUAAUGCAGCUAUGUGUGCUUUUAUUGAUGGUUGGAAAGAUGGUAUGAUGGAUGUUGUUACUAAACCACGUAUUGGUUAUGAACGUCAUGGAAAAUUAGGUGGUGUAGCUGGAUUAUUAAUUGGUGUUGUUAAUAGUUUAUUCAAACCUGUUGUUGGAACUCUUUCAUCGUUGACAUGGUUUUGUCGUGGUAUUUAUGCUAAUAUAAAUAAUGAAAGAUUAGUUGAUAAAGGACUUGAAACAUAUACAGUUAAUACACUUGGUCUUGGUUCAUUACCAUCAACUAUUACUCAGGAAGAACUAAAACAACAUUACAAUAAUAAUAUGAAACAAACUGUUAAAACUGCAUCGAUUGUAUCAGGUUUUUCACCUGAUGUGUGCCAACAGAUUAUAAAUGAUUUUGAUAAUAUUAAAAAACAAUAUGUUGAUGAUCGUUUACAUAAGUAUAAGUUACGAAGAUCAGAUGAUGAUUACUUCUAA